AUGGGGCUGGUGCCGGGGCUGCCAGGUCCCCGCAACCUCAGCUGCGUCUCCUACAAGCACCCCAGCGUGCGGGGGGGGUUGGGGGGUUCGGGGGGGGCCAAGCCUGGCACCGUCCGCUGCCCCCCCGGCCAGUGCUGUAUCGGUAUCUGGAACCAGAGCCAUGCGCUGGUGCAGGGCUGCUGGGGGGGCGGGGGGGGCGCCUGCCCCUCUCCUACCUGCACCCCCAGUCCCGCGGGCCCCCCCGGCGUCGUCGUCCUCGUCUGCCUCUGCCACGGCCACCUCUGCAACGGCAACGCCAGCGGGAUGGGGACAGCCUGGGGCUGGGGGGCCCCACCAUGCCUGGCCAUGUGGGGUCCGCGGGGGACCCUGUGGCUGUGGGGUGCCGGACCUCUCCUCCUCCUCCUCACCUGCCUAGCCGUCCUCGGGCUGCGACGGGCGAGGACCCAUACGCGGCGGCCCCCCCGAGGGUGCCGGGGGGUUGUCCCCCCAGAGCCCCCCAGCCCGGACCUGCCUGCGCUGCAUUUCCUGCAGGUGCUGCAGACGGGGCGCUUCUCGGCGGUGUGGCGGGGCACCCUACAGCAGCGGCCGGUGGCCAUCAAGGCCUUCGUGGCGGGGGCGGCCGGACGCUUUGCGGCGGAGCGGGCCGUGCACGGGUUGCCCCUCAUGGAGCACGACAACGUGGCCCGGCUGCUGGGGACACGGGGUGCUGGACCCCGCGCCCGGGGGGGGCUCCUUGUCCUCCAGCUGUACCCCGCCGGCUCCCUGCGACAUUUGGAGCAGCACGUGGGGACGUGGGCCGGCAGUGUGCGCCUGGCACUCUCCCUCGCCCGCGGCCUCGCUUUCCUGCACCAGGAGCUCUGGCGCGACGGCCUGUACAAGCCCAGCGUGGUGCACCGGGACCUGAGCAGCCAGAACGUGCUGGUGCGGGAAGACGGGACGUGCGCCAUCGGGGAUUUCGGGCUGGCGCUGGCGCUGCCACCGCGUGCCCAGGCCGGCACCAGCGCCCGCCACGUCGUGCCCAUCCGCAAGGCGGGCACCCAGCGGUACCUGGCACCCGAGAUCCUGGACGAGAGCCUGGACCUGCGGGCAUGGGGCCGGGCGCUGCGGCAGGCGGACGUCUACGCCCUGGCACUGCUCCUCUGGGAGAUCCUCUCACGCUGCCAGGCCCUCAGCCCCGGAGCACCCGUGCCGGCGUUUCGGCUGGCGUACGAGGCGGAGUUGGGUGCCAGCCCCACGGGUGCCCAGCUCCGGCGUUUGGCCGUGGAGGAGCGACGACGACCGCUCAUCCCCCCCGCCUGGCACCGUGCCCCCCAGCCCGGGGGGGCUCUGCCGGAGUUGCUGGAGGAUUGCUGGGACCCCGACCCCGAAGCCCGCCUCUCGGCCGAGCGGGCUCUCCAGCGGCUCCAACGCCUGGCUGCCGGCCCCCCCCCCGCCCGCUACCGGCCCCCCCCAACCCGCUGCCACCGCCGCCCGCCCCCUCGGGGGGCUCCGGCCUCCGGACCGCCCCCCCCGCAGCUGCCCGAGAGCCCCCAACCCUCUGAGCCCUGA